AUGUCUGACCACGAAGAAUCCGCCGUCAUGCCUCGGUACGGAACUCCCGUCCCUGAGCUUGACGACCACCGCAACCAGUCGGUCUCGACUCAGAGGGUCGAGCGUCCCCGCCGUGGCACCUUUGACAGCCUAUACGGUGCUCAACAGUUUGAGAGCGAGCCUAACCAGUCCCUUGCGCCCCCUGCCAUCCGAGUUCGAGACUUCGAAGAGGCCAUUAUCGAUGAAGAGGCCGGCGAUGCUUCCCCGACCACCCGCCGUAGCCGUCGACCUACUGUGGACUCUACGGACCGCUCCAUCUCUCCACCCAACUCGGUCAAGGCUUUUGCUCAGGCUCGUCGCCGAGAGCGAGACUUGUCCUUCUCCGAGUCCAGGCCCGACAAUGAGGAUAUUGUGGGCCGUGCCAUGUCCAUCUCGAGCAAGCGCAGCUACCGGAGCAAGCCUCACACCAUCGACAAUGACAAUGCCAGCAUCUCUACCAAUAGAACUGCCGAAGAGGACGUCUGCUUCCCCGUCAAAGAAAGCCACCACAAGGAUCAGCUUUAUAUCGACUUUGACUAUCUCGAGAACUUUAUCAAUGAGCAAGCUGCUGAGCGUGCGGCCGAGAGGGCUGCUGAACGUCAAGCUUCAGUCCAGAGCUUCGAGGAUCAGCGGGUUCAGUCUCGAGCACAGCAGAUGGUGACUAUUGAUGGAGAUAUUAUGGAGCCACUCUCGGAAGACUCUAUGACACGUGAGAAGACGAACCAGACCGCUCAUACCAGCGCCGAGGGGCCCGUCUCCGAGAAGCCUCACGCUGCGCCGAUUGACCCCAACCGGUACAGCUUCUUCUCUUCAGCAUGGGAGUCUACUAUCCAUGCGGCCGAGAUGGGUGAUCUCGUGCUUCCUGGCGAGGAUAUUCGUGGACUUUUCGAGCUUCCGGAAGAUGAGGAAGAUGGUGUGUGGUGGCUCAACGUCAACACAGCCACCAAGGACGAGGUCCAGAGCAUUUGCAAGGCCUUUGGUAUCCACCCCCUGACCAUUGAGGAUAUCAUUACACAGGAGGCUCGCGAGAAGAUUGAACUCUUCCCGUCGUACUACUUUGCUUGCUUCCGCUCCUUCUCCGUUGUUCAGGAGCCUGAUGGCAUCGAGUAUGAGCCCUUCAACACAUAUGUGAUUGUGUUCCGGGAGGGUACGCUCAGCUUUAGCUUUGAGCCCAACUCGCACGCCGCUCAGGUCCGCAAGAGAAUUACGGCCCUCAAGGAUUACGUCGCUCUUAGCAGUGACUGGAUCUGCUAUGCUUUGAUUGACGACAUUGUCGAUUCUUUUGGCCCCGUCAUUCGACAGAUUGAGCUCGAGGCAGAUGCUAUCGAGGAUGAGGUGUUCGUCAUGCGUGAGGACGACUCCAACUCAUUCCUCCGAUCCAUUGGCCGCGCCCGCAAGAACUGCUUAGCUCUACUCCGGCUCCUAGGUGGCAAGGCGGAUGUUCUUCGUGGUUUCACCAAGCGAUGCAACGAAAACUACAAGGUGACUCCACGGAUGGACAUUGGCAUGUACCUGGGUGACAUUCAGGAUCACGUUGUGACCAUGGCUACCAACCUUGGUCACUUCGAAAAGAUCUUGUCCCGGGCACACAGCAACUACCUGGCGACAGUCUCGAUCAACAGUAUCGCGCAGGGUACGCACACCAAUGAGGUCCUCAGCAAGAUCACCUUCUUGGCCUCGGUACUCGUCCCUCUGAACUUGGUCAGCGGUGUGUUUGGAAUGAACGUGCCGGUUCCGUUUGGCGACCCUGGUAACCUGACGGCCUUCUUUUGCAUCAUUAGCUUCAUGGUCUUCCUUUGCAUCAUCUUCAUGUUGCUUGCCCGGUGGAAGCGCUACAUCUAG